GUCUUGUUGCGUAGGUCUGCUGCAAAUCGAUUCUCGAGCAGAUUGUAGAAAGACGUGAAGGGUGUUAUAUAGAGCGAAGCUGUCACUGAGAAUCGUACAUCUAACAAGCACGAGUCUUUGCAAACAAUACAAACCACAUCAACAAAUAUGGGUCUCAUUCACAAAAUCGAAGAAAAGGUGCUUCACCACGGUGACAAGAACCAUCAGCAGCACGGUCCUCCUCCUCAGCAACAAGGCUAUGGCCAACAGGGAUAUGGUCAACCUCAAGGCGGCUAUGGAGGUGGCGGUAUGGGAAUGGGCGGCGGUCGUCAGGAGUUUGGCGCACAUCAUUCUGGUGGCAACUUCGGUGGACCCCAGCAGCAGGGUGGGCAAUUUGGGCCUCAAGGCGGCAUGGGCGGGCCCCAGGGCGGUAUGGGAAUGGGUGGUCGUGAAGGCCACCAUGGCGGUCACCAAGGUGGAGGCAUGGGAGGUGGUAUGGGUGGACCCCAGGGUGGUAUGGGCGGCCCUCCAGGAGGUAUGGAAAUGGGCGGUCGUGGAGGCCAUGGCGGUCCCGGUGGUCCCGGUGGUCGUGGAGGUCCUGGUGGCUGGUAGGAUGGCCACGGAUCUAGGUCCACUGCUUGACACCAGAAUGCUUCUCACGAUUUCCACAAACUCAGCCUAUGCAUAUAACGAACCAAUGCAAAUCUUGUUUCUGCUUGUAUGUCGGGUGAAGCAGAUCCGGGUGUAAGGUUCUGUGGCUCCUCGAUUGGACCGCCAUACUCUGCCUAUGCCCAUCUCAUCUCGUAUCCAAAGACAGUCCUACGUAACAGCUCAUCCUAGGGC